AUGCGCCAUCUGUGCCAGUCGUCGGCCGCGCUGUUAAAGUGCGGGUGGACCACGCUGCGGGUCGCGGGCGAUGCCGACGUGUACUUCGCCGCCCUCGAUCUGCGUCGCGCCAUCGACGAGGGCAUCCACAUGGGGCCGCGCAUGACCGGCGCCGGGCACUAUCUCUCGAUCACUGGCGGCGGCGGGGACAUCAACACCAUCGCACCCGAGCACGCCGGCUGCGUCGUCGCCGACGGUAAGGUCGUGGAUGGGCCGGAUGAAAUGCGGAAGGCCGUGCGCGAAGAGAUCAAGUACGGCAGCGACUGGAUCAAGCUGCUGGUCACGGGGGCGUACAUGUCGAUGUCGACCUCCUCAGCCGACGCGCCCAUGCACGUCCACUUCAGCCCGCAGGAGCUGCACGUGGCGGUGGAGGAGACCCGGCGGCUCGGGAAGCACGUCAUGGCCCAUGCCCACUCGGCCGAGGGGAUCAAACAAGCCGUGAGGGCCGGAGUACGGUCGAUCGAGCACGGCAGCUUCAUCGACGACGAGGGCAUCGAGCUCAUGCUGCAGCACGGGACGUGGCUGGUGCCCACACAGUUCAUUGGCGUCUACUACUCGACCAUGGCGAGCUCCGCCUCCGCCGCACCCCUCAGCAAGAUGCUCCAGCUCCAGAAAGAGACAGACGAGCAGUCCAUCGCCUGCCUGCGCAAGGCCGUGGCCGCGGGCGUCAAGAUCGCUUGCGGCUCCGACUUUGUGGGGUGGGACCCGGCGCUGAACGUGCGCGAGCUGGAGUGCCUGGUGGCGCAGCUGGGCAUGACGCCCGUGGAGGCCCUCCGCGCUGCCACCUCGUCGGCCGCGGAGCUGCUUGGGUGGGACAAGCGCGUGGGCAGCGUCGCAUGCGGCCUGCUGGCCGACCUGAUCGUCGUCGACGGCGACCCCGGCCUCGACAUCGCGUGUAUGCGUCAAGUGCGCGCCGUCGUGUUGGGCGGCGCGGUCGUACACUCGACCCUGCCCGCCAUGCAGCCAACCACCAAAAAGAUGUAA